UUACGAGUUUCCGUGUACCUUUUGACGUAAAAUGCGACGAAGAAAACAUUGUCUCAGAAAAAAUUUUACUCGAUCUCUUUUGUUUAUUUUAGCGAUUGUUUCUUAAAACACUUUAUGUGAGCGAUAAUACAAGAUUAUUUAACCCGAGUUGAAGGUUAAAUGAUAAGAGUCGUAAAAAAACUGUCAUCAGCAUUUAUCGUGGCUGUGGUUAGUCGUUGUUGUGUUCUCGGAAUUUAGUGUUUUGGAUAAGAAUAGGUAAAUAAACUAUGGAAAUAUCAUUCAGAGGAAAAAGGGUUCUCGUGACGGGUGCUGGUCAAGGCAUUGGUCGCGGGAUAGCAGAACAGCUAUGGCGAACUGGAGCUAAAGUGGUUGCCGUCUCCCGCACACGAUCGCACCUGGAAUCCCUCCAGAAUGAAUAUCCUUCUAUCGACAUUGUUGAACUAGAUGUAGGCGAUUGGGACAAGACCAGAGAAGUUAUAGAGUCUUUAGGACAUUUCGACGCCCUCGUCAAUAAUGCUGGAAUAGGAUUAUGUCAACCUUUCCUUGAAUGUACGCCAGAAGCAUUUGAUACGACUAUGAAUAUCAAUCUGAAGUCGAUCAUCAACGUGAGCCAGGUUGUUGUGAAGAAAAUGAUAGACAAUAAAACACAAGGAGCCAUAGUUAAUGUUUCCUCGCAAGCAUCUAAGGCAGCACUUAAAGACCAUACAGUUUAUAGUGCUUCCAAAGCUGGUCUGGACGCUGUAACCCGCGCUAUGGCGUUGGAACUAGGCCCGUACGGUAUCAGAGUGAAUGCUGUUAACCCAACCGUCAUCAUGACAGCGAUGGGUAGGAUCGGCUGGGCUGAUCCGGAUAAAGCUAGUGCGAUGCUCUCCAAAAUACCACUCGGAAGAUUCGGAGAAGUAUCGGAGGUCGUCGACGCGGUGCUAUACUUGUUAAGCGACAAAGCGAGCAUGAUAAACGGAGUAGAGCUGCCAAUUGACGGAGGAUUUCUUGCAACAUGAAUAGAUUACAAUUUGAAUCCAAAAUAAAAUCUAAAAAAGAGGUUUUUAA